UUAUGAUGUUCUUUUAUGUUAUAUGUGGAUUUUACUAACACGGUUUUGAGUUUGUACCAGAUCCAUUUUGUGCUUCUCAUUAGCCGGCAAGGGAAGGUGAGGCUGACCAAAUGGUAUUCUCCUUAUGCUCAGAAAGAAAGAACUAAGGUCAUCAGAGAGCUCAGUGGUUCAAUUCUCACACGAGGUCCCAAGCUAUGCAACUUUGUGGAGUGGAGAGGUUUCAAGGUGGUUUACAAGAGAUAUGCUAGCCUGUACUUCUGCAUGUGUAUCAACCAGGAUGACAAUGAAUUGGAGACCCUUGAGAUAAUUCAUCAUUUUGUUGAAAUACUGGAUCGCUAUUUUGGAAGUGUUUGUGAGCUGGAUUUGAUCUUUAAUUUUCACAAGGCUUAUUAUAUACUAGAUGAACUUUUGAUAGCGGGUGAACUUCAAGAGAGCAGCAAGAAGACGGUUGCUCGCCUUAUAGCUGCGCAGGAUUCAUUGGUGGAAGCUGCAAAAGAACAGGCGAGUUCGAUUAGCAAUAUAAUCGCUCAGGCGACCAAAUGAUUGCUCAACGAUUAUUGGGUUAAUAUGAUCAUCUGGGAAUGACCUAAAAUGGUGUUUCUAUAGUAUAUUAAUUGAAUGGAAUAUUUUGCAUUAUUGUUCUUCUGUUCUAGCUUUUGUUCAUAUUAUUAAACAACGUUUUGCCUCAUCAUUGCUUCUUGUUGGAUGUUUUUAACUGAAAUGAAAUAGUUUUGUUGUUGUAGUACCUAGGUAUGCUCAAUUUAAUCCUCCCUUGAUGUAUCCAAUUUGAAUUGUUCUGUUU